AUGUCCACUGCAGCUGAAACCUCUUUUGCCGAACUUAAGGCAAUCACUAGGCAGAUUGUUGACAUUGUCCACGCGGCUCGGCUCCUCCCACCCAGCAACAGCCACUUGGCUCUGAAAGCACAAGUCACUGAACUGGUGGCUAAGGCCGUCCGGGACCAUGAGGCUUCACCUUGCAUUCCAGGCAUAGUCUUGUCCUGCUCCAAGGAGUUACUUCGCGUUCGGCAGUUGUCCCCCCAGGAUUCGCCCAACUGGCACAGCAUCGGCCAUAACGAUCUUCGCCUCCAGAGGCACAGCUGGCGCCACAAGGUCUCCGCAUGGGAGGCUUUAGGCGACUGGACAUUCGAUCUUCCGGUCGAUGCUCCCAAAUCCACUGACACUGUUGCGGUCGACCUUCUGUCACAAAUCCCAAAUACGAACCAUUUUUCAUUUCUCGGUUUUCCUUCGGCUACUUCCAGUACCCGAGCCGGUCACGUGACUCCUCAUCAUAGGUCACCCGUUGCUUCUCCGAUUGGCUCCCCUACUCCAUGGGCUAGAACAAUCUCGCUUCCUAAAGAAGAACUGGUCGGAUCCUGGGUUUCUAUUUACAUUGCCGGCCCAUUGUCCAGCACUAUCGACGAGUCCCGGGAGAAGUGUGAGGAUAAGGGUAAGGGUAAGGCGUUAGAUGCUGACCCGGAACCUGAGGCAGAUGGGAGUAGGAAGAGGAAAUCGCCCCUGAUUUCGGGACCCUCCCAACCGCCGAAAUCCACGAUGAAGAGUCGCAAGAGGGCAAAGUCAGCUCGGGUUGUGAAGUCAGCCGAGUUUGUGGAGUCCGAGGAUGAACCUGUGGACAAGCCGGCUGCCCAAGGAGGGCCGGUCGUCUUACUUCAUUGUCUCACCUCAGUCUCACCCCGCAUCCCCAAGAAGAGACCUUUUGGCCCUGCGAAGGUAAUUGCCGGAAGGCGUGCAGAUGUCGCCGGGCAGACCGACUCGACAUCCAACACCCCUGUGGUCACCCCGGUGGUGGCACCAACUGUCAUUGAUGGCCCUGCUGGAAGCCCUCCGGAGGUCGUCGAGCACUCGGACUCGGCGUCCAAUACCCCCACGGUCACCCCGGACGUGGCGCCAACUGUCAUCGAUACAGAUGACAUUCUCAUUCCUGGACCAAACAACCCAUGCUGGGCUUGCAACAAUGCGGAGUUGCCCUGCACGACCCGGUUUGACAAGAGGACUGGGAAAGGCCUUCUCUCCUGUGUUGUCUGCAACACAAAGAAGGUAAAGUGUUUUUCCGUCACCCUUGGAAGUCCACCGAAAUGGUCGCGGGGUAAGUUGACCACCCGGAAGGCCAGGUCCCAGACACCUUCCAAAGCUCCAUCCACCUCCCAACCAAAGGCCCAGACCCGCAGCCAAUCUUGUGGUGUAGCCGGAGCUACUGGUGCCAGUGCUGCCGGAACUGCCAGUGGGUCUGCUGCGACCGUGCCUAAGACGUGCGGUCGCAGCAAGACAAUAACUGCUGUCAAGGCACCCGCCCCACCACCUACACCCUCACCUGCACCAGCUCAUAAGUCUUUCGAAUUUCUCAUCAUCAUCUUAUCUUAUUGCUUUGUAGCAAUUGCAUCUUUGAGUGCCCACGUGCCUCGUGCAGCUCUCGAUGUCCCUAUGCCAGACCUCCAUUCCAUGGCAAGAAGUAUUCGCGAUAGUGCCGAACACAUCAAGGCUCUCGAGGAUCUUGUUGCCAAGCAGGGCAGCCAUAUUGAUACCCUCAGCAGGCUCCAUGAGAGCCUUCGAUGCCAAACCAUGGAACCCCAUCCCUCAUUUCCCCUUCCCACCACUCCAGCAAUUGCAACGUCUUUGUUGCUUGAUCAAUCCGUCACUGGAACAACGUCACCCUCCCAAUCCGCACUCCCUCCUCUCAUUGAUAUUUCGAUUGCAGUGGAGCCCACACCCUCGAAAAUUGAGGAUUGCUCUGCCAUUGAGGGUCUUUCAUUUGAGCCGAGCCAAGUUCAACCAGCCCCGGACCCAUCACCUACUCCCUCAACUGCUGGAGCAAUUUUGGUGCCGGAUGAUCCAUGCAACCUUGUCCCAGAAUACGAUUCUGGUGAUGAGAUGGAUGUUGAGGUGAAGGUUGAAGUUGAAGGUGGUGAUGAGGGUCAUCUGGUCAAGGUUGAAGGUGGUGAUGAGGGUCAUCUGGUCAAGGUUGAAGGUGAAGGUGAUGAUGAGGGUCAUCUGGGCGAGGUUGAAAUGUCUACAUAA